GGUUACUUUGGUGAACGAUAAUAGUAUGGAUACACCCUUUCCAACUCCCUGUAGGAAACAUUCAACUUCCGGUUUCGGAGCGCUAACAUGGAGAAUGCAGUGCAGGAAUUCUAUGUGAGGUUCAAAGGGCCUGCCGAAACACCCUUUGAAGGCGGCAUCUGGAAAGUCCGCGUCGAGCUACCCGAUCAGUAUCCAUACAAGUCCCCUAGCAUUGGCUUCGUGAACCGAAUCUUCCAUCCCAACAUUGAUGAGCUAUCCGGAUCGGUUUGUCUAGACGUCAUCAACCAAACAUGGUCGCCAAUGUUCGAUAUGAUCAACAUCUUUGAAGUAUUCCUGCCUCAGCUUCUACGUUACCCGAACCCUACCGAUCCUCUCAACGGUGAGGCUGCUGCGAUGUUGCUCAGAGAACCCAAGACCUACGAGAACAAGGUGAAGGAAUAUGUCCAGAAGUACGCGAGUAAGGACGCCGCAGACGAGGCGGACGCAGAAAGUGAAGACGACGGCGAACUAUCAUCCGUGGCUAGUUUUGACGAGGAAGACGACGAAGAGGCCGCCGGUAAGAUGGACGACGUCUAGGUUGGUAGUCCCCCCACGAAUUUGAGGGCUCUUCGAAUCCUGAAGGCUCUUCAAAUUUUGAAGGCAUUUUAGGCCGUCUUUUCGUCACUUCGCAUUUGUCAGCGGCAGGAGUUGUUUUCUCCGGGGUGUUCAAGGGCCUCUGUUUCGAACCGGCGUUGAAUAAGGUAUCUAUGGGUUGGGACGUUUUUGGUUUGCUUAGGUCACUCGCUUUGUUUUCUCCCCUCUGCUUCUAGGACUGUUUAUACACAUUAUCAUCUCAGUGCAAAUCGUUAUACCAUUCCGUUAGAAUGCUUUGG